UUUCCGUUGCAACAAGCUAAAUAGCCGUUGUUCACUUACUGUAACCUAAUAUUUAUGACCUAUUAUUUGGAAGGAAAAAAAUACUUUGCGGGUAGCGCAAGCCUUGCGAGUGUCCAGUUACUUCUGACAGAGCGUAGGACACAGACGAACCGUCUUCAGUAUCGCAGCCUACACUGCAGCCGUGGACUCCGCUGUGCUAUAAUCCGUAAGAGAAAGACGAGCAUUGUCAUAUUUCAUAUUCCUUCAUGUGUAGGUUUGGUUGGAGUCUACCUACACACAAAGCUGCACACAAAGCCCUCCACCAGCCCUCUCACCGACGACAUCACCAGAGACUGGCACUGGGAGGGGUUGCGCGCUUCAAACACGAUCCCGAUGCUUUAUUAAAAUUCCCCUCGUAAAGCAGCUGGUUAUUGAUCUUGCGUUAUAGGGGCGGUCUGUUCUCUGGACAGUGUCCAGGCGGAGAGAAGACGAUGCUGACGGAGCGUCCCAGAUCGGACAUUGUGUGUUGACCGGGAGUCUGUGUCCACGGCGACCAAACCCCGCAACUGAACCCAAACAAGGGCUCGGCAGAUUUAUUGUCACGGGUAGUCCGUCCCCUACCGGCACCUAGUUUUUGUUUUAAAUACUGUUUUAAUUUGAUAUCAAGUCGAAAUUUCAAGAUGUCCGAUUCGGAGGAUAUGUUGGAGUUUGGGAACAUAGUCGAGCGGAUUGAGAAAGGAGAGGUACCAAUAAAGAACAUAGAACGGGAGCUCAUUUGCCCGAUCUGUAAGGAGCUGUUCACACACCCCCUUAUCCUGCCUUGUCAGCACAGCGUCUGUCACAAGUGUGUAAAAGAGCUUCUCCUGGUAAACCACGAGGACUCCUUCAGCACAGAUGCGGGCUCCGAAUGCUCCAACCCAGGCAGCCCUCGUUCCAGAGUCCCCUCUCCGAGCAUGGAGAGGUUGGACAGGCUCGUGCGAUCAGGGUCUGUCUCCUCCCCCGGAUGGAGGCGUUCCUCCGUCACUCCCCGCAUUACCACCUUCCCUUGCCCGGGCUGCCAGCACGACAUCGACCUCGGGGAGCGGGGCGUUAGCAUGCUCUUCCGCAACUUCACGCUGGAGAGCAUCGUGGAGCGCUACCGGCAGGCGGCCCGUGCUGCCGUCGCCAUCAUGUGCAACGUGUGCAAGCCUCCCGUGCAGGAGGCCACCAAGAGCUGCAUGGACUGCAAGGCCAGCUACUGCAAUGAGUGCUUCAAGAUGAACCACCCGUGGGGCACGCCCAAGGCUCAGCAUGAGUACGUCGGGCCCACCACCAACUUCAGACCAAAGGUGCUGAUGUGUCCCGAACACGAAAUGGAGAAAGUCAACAUGUACUGCGAGGUGUGCCGCCGUCCCGUCUGCCACCUGUGCAAGCUGGGUGGCUCCCACGCCAACCACAAGGUCACCUCCAUGAGCAGCGCCUACAAGAUCCUCAAGGAGAAGCUAUCGAAGAGUAUCCAUUUCUUAAUUAGCAAAGAGGACCAAGUGAGGACUCAGAUUUCUGAACUUGAGGUCUUGAUUCGUCACACAGAGGACAACGGACAGCUUGCAGAGAGGCAGGCCAACGAACACUUUGAGCGUCUUUUCAAAGCCCUCCAAGAAAGGAAGUCGGAAAUGUUGCGGUCUAUCGAGCAGUCCAGGAACGGGCGGCUGGACAAGCUCAGGGGCCAGGUGGAGGAGUACCAGGGCAUGCUGGAGAACAGUGGCUUAGUGGGCUACGCCCAGGAAGUCCUGAAAGAGACCGACCAGUCCUGCUUCGUUCAGACGGCUAAGCAGCUCCACAUCAGGAUUCAGAAAGCCACCGAGUCACUGAAGACCUUUCAUCCCGCAGCCAACCCCAUGUUUGACGAGUUUGUCCUGGACACGUCAAAAGAAGAGGCCAUGCUAAGAGAACUUUCCUUUGGGGGAGUUCCUGAUCCUCCCAUGAUUGACCUGUCUCGCAGUCGCAUGUACAACGAGGGCCUGAUCCACUGGAGGCUGCCCGAGGACACCCUCCCCACAGACUUCCACCUUCUGGAGUACAGGAAGGUGGUGGAGGGUGAAGAGGAGGGUCCAUGGCAGGUCACCGAGCAGGUGUACAACUCCAGCACCGUGGUGUGUAACCUGGCCAGCAGCUGCCGCUACGCUUUCAGGGUGCGGAGUUGUCGCAACACCAUCCUCAGCCCUUACAGCCCAGAGGUGGCCUUCCACACACCCCCAGCUCCAGUGUUUGGGUUCCUGUUCAGUGAGAAAUGUGGCUACAGUGUAGAGCGUCUUCGGCUGAGCAAGAGUCGGGACUCUGUGGAAAGCAUGGCUGGCCUGCCCUUCCUGUUGGCUGCUGAACGCGUCCAGACAGGAAGCUACAUCUGCCUCGACUACAUCGUCGGUGACACCGGCAUCUCCCAUGGGCGCCACUACUGGGCUUUCCAUGUGGAACCCAGCUCUUACAUGGUGAAAGUGGGCGUGGCGUCAGACACGAAGCUCAUCGAGUGGUUCCACAACCCCCGAGAGACCAGCAGCCCGAGGUACGACCAUGACAGCGGGCAUGACAGCGGUAGCGAGGAUACCUGCUACGAGCUCUCCCAGCCUUUCACUCUGCUCGCCAUGGGCAUGGGCAAGCUCUUCAUCCCCAAAGCCUCCGUCACCGCGGCGCCGGGCGACCACGGCAACCGCGUGCUACCCCUGCCGCAGCGCGUUGGCGUCUGCCUGGACUACGAGGCGGGCCGGGUCUUCUUCUACGACGCAGACACCAUGCGCCUCCUGUACGAGCGGCAGGUCGACUGCUCCGGCACCAUGUACCCCGCCUUCGGCUUCAUGGGGGGCGGGGCCGUCCACCUGGAGGAGCCUAUCACGGCCAAGCGGCUGUGUUACAUGUGAGAGCCGCUCACGUGCCCCGAUGCGUCCCCUCUCUGCCCUCGACUUGUUCUCUUGCCCACCUGCUACUGCUGGCGUCACCCUGUGAAAACGGCCGUUUUGGGUCAGGUUUGACCGUGAGUGACCUGAAAAGGUGUGCUUCAGUACCCUUGUGCCUUUUAAUGAGAUCAUCUAAACAGGUGCUCCUUACAAUAUUAAUGGAAUACACAAGGUCUGACCAAUGUUGGUACUGGAAUGCAGGUUACCACGAUACACCUUAAUGAUGCACAGUAUUGCGAAUCUUGUUUUUGCUGUUGUGUGCAGUUGUUUUGAAUAAGAAGGAUGCGUUAAGAUUUGUAUAUCUUGCACAUGAUUAAAUUAUUUGGUACUACCUAACACUUGUGCACUAAUAAUAACCAUGUUUGUGUUCUCAUUGUAGAAACACAUGCAACACUACCUAGGCUGAUUCUCUUAUGACUGUUGAGAAUAAUCUGCUGAAGAAAUUAUUUACAAUGAAGUCAUAUCUAAUUAAAAAAAAAUAUCUUGAUGUCCUGUAUUGUUUGUUGAAAAUAUGCAACUAUUGUAAGUGAUUGAUUUGAAUUUAAGUUAACAUGGCAACAAAACUUUUGCAUUAAGAAUGUAUCUUUGUUUGUUUGUGUGUUUGUUUUUUUUUAAUGCAAAACACCAUGGGAAUCACACCUGUGCUGUUGGCUCUUAACUAGGCUACAGUUUCAGAGCUACUUUUAACACUGCUUAAAAAGAUGAUCAGGUCGAUAUGCACUAUUGCCACCAAUGCAAAUCUGGCUGGAUUACUGGAAAACCAAGUGAACAAGGCCUUACUAAAUGAUAGACUUGUAACAAGGGUAACAGGGUUACUGACUAUGAAGGGUUCUCUUCUUGACUUGGUAGAUAUAGUGGGAUUGCUGUGUGAUUCCUCAGGUACUUGCCCUGUGGGCUUUUUGCUACCUACCUCUUAGUCCUGAAACCUUUUAAAUAGUCGAUUUGGAGCACUGAUCUCCUGCUUGGAUUGUUUUGAGGAGGUGGCAUUUCUCUGCCUGUAUAAAUGUAACGAUCACUAAAGUUUGGAGGGUUUCUUUUUGCUAAAGCUGGAAACCUAAGAGUAAGGUUUUUUUUUUUUUUUUUUAAUACAUUUGUGAAUUUUAACACUGAGUUUUAAUUUUACACUUCAUGCUCUGCUACAUUUGAGAUUUAUGGCAAAUGGGCCUUCUCUAAGGUUUAUUUUUAAUCAGAACCUAAAUUUAUUGUAGCAUAAACUUUAAUUUCUCAAAAGGUUUUAGUUUGCAGGAAAAUGUUAUCAGUGAAGUCGUGUUUUUGUUUUGUUUUUUGUUUUGUUUUUUUCCUUCUCGUGCUAAAUGGUUAAUGAAUCAGAAUUGAAUCUGUGAUUGAUGAAUCAUGUGAUGUGACCAUAUUUUAGUAGUUGCAUUGCUAUUGCCACACAUGGAAAUGGGGAAAUAACACUUCCAUUUCAUUUUCUUUUUGUAGACACUAAUUGUUCAUUUUCACCC